ACUGGCAGAGGUAGCCAAAUAUUUGACAAACUAGCAAUUGUUAGCUAGGCUGCAGCUAGAAGUCAAAGCAUAUUUGCUGUUUUACAAAAUACAUCUCUUCAGAUUCCAUCCGCUUACGUUUAUGAUCCGGGUUUAGGUUUAGUGUAACAGGAUGUCAACCCCAGCAAGACGACGCUUAAUGAGAGAUUUUAAACGACUGCAAGAGGAUCCUCCAGCUGGAGUUAGUGGGGCACCAUCAGAAAACAAUAUUAUGGUAUGGAACGCUGUCAUUUUUGGACCAGAGGGAACACCUUUUGAAGAUGGAACUUUCAAACUUACUAUUGAAUUCACAGAGGAAUAUCCAAAUAAACCUCCAACAGUGCGAUUUGUCUCCAAAAUGUUUCAUCCAAAUGUGUAUGCAGAUGGCAGCAUAUGCUUAGAUAUACUUCAGAAUCGCUGGAGUCCAACCUAUGAUGUCUCUUCAAUCUUAACCUCAAUACAGUCUUUACUGGAUGAGCCAAACCCCAACAGCCCAGCUAACAGCCAAGCAGCCCAGCUGUAUCAGGAAAACAAGCGGGAAUAUGAGAAGAGAGUUUCUGCUAUUGUUGAACAGAGUUGGCGUGACUGUUGACCUCUGUUGACGUGUAUGAACAGUGUCCAGCUCCGAAUCAAGAAACCACCCAAUCUCACAGAAAUACAACAUAUCUUAAAAUCCUUCUCAGUAUAUUUGUCCCAUAGCUGUUGCUAAGUUUGUAUGCUGUUGUGUUGUGGCAUUCACUCCUACAGAAUGUUGUUUAUGGGCAAUAGCGUGUUUGUUAAAAGUUAAUGUACCUUGUUAUGUCUGGGUUACUGGCUACGUGCCCCAAGUCUUUUCUCUUUUUAAAGGGUUGUCACUUUUUUUAUCCGUGUCUUCAUACACUAAGUGAAGUGCUUGGAUCAUUCAGUGACAAUUAGAUGUGCUUGCUGUGUGAGUUGCUGUGUAGAUACAAACAGUUUACCAAUUGGGUGUUCGUCCUGUUUCGCCCCGUUAGCGGGACAGAAAACCGACCUUUAAUAGACACCGGUGUCUCUAACAAGUUGUCAGAUCAACAGAUGCCUUUCUUUCAGAUGUUUUUGUGCAGCCUUUGAUUUAAAAAAAAAAAGAAAUUGACAUUGGUGAUCAGGAUGUCCUGUCGAUGUGAAACAAGGUACUGCACCCCAUUGUGGGCACUUGUUUAAUCAAUAAAAGGCCAUGUGGGAACAUUUUAUGCUGUUUUACACAGUGCCGAUAAUACAUAAAACAAGAUGGUGUCUGCCUUUCAAUUAUACAAUUUUUCACUGGUAACCCGUGUAACAAAUUGUACAUUUUCUUGUAAAUAAAAUAAAUAUACAUCA